AUGAACAACUACACUGGACAGUCAGAUUUCACUCUGCUGGGAUUUUUCAGUCAAUCUGCCCUGAUGGCUGUGGUCAUAUUUGUGGCUUUCCUGAUGGCCUUGUCUGGGAACGCCCUCCUGAUCCUGCUGAUGCUCUCUGACACCCACCUCCACACACCCAGGUACUUCUUUAUCAGCCAGCUGUCCCUCAUGGACAUGAUGUACAUUUCUGUCACUGUGCCCAAGAUGCUCAUGGAUCAGGUCCUGGGGAGCCACAAGAUGUCAGCUGCAGCCUGUGGGAUGCAGAUGUUCCUCUACCUGUCACUAGCAGGAUCAGAAUUUUUCCCUCUGGCUGCCAUGUCUUGUGACUCUUCUGUGGUUACAGUUCCACUUAUCAUUCUCAGAUCUACAAGCCCAGUAAACUUUCUCAGCAGAAUAGAAUUCUGUGCUGAUCAGGAGGUAGUCACUAACCACAAAGCUUCUUGGUUGCCUAAGAGACACCCUGGGAUGUCACAACCUGGAGGAGCAAUCACCAUGAACUUCCCAUUCUGUAGAUCCAGAGAAAUCUACCAUUUCUUCUGUGAGGCCCCUGCUGUGACCAAGCUCUCCUGCUCUGACACCUGGCUCUAUGAGACCCUCAUGUAUGUGUGCUGUGUGCUCAUGCUUCUCAUCCCUGUGACAGUCAUCUCAGGCUCCUAUUCAUCCAUCCUCCUCACUGUCCUCAGGAUGAACUCAGCAGAGGGCAGGAAGAAGGCCCUGGCCACCUGCUCCUCCCACAUGACUGUGGUCCUCCUCUUCUAUGGAGCUGCUGUCUAUACCUACAUGCUCCCUGCCUCCCUCCACACCCCUGAGAAGGACAUGGUGGUGUCUGUGUUUUACACCAUACUCACCCCUCUGUUGAACCCACUAAUCUAUAGUCUUAGGAAUAAGAAUGUCACUGAUGCUAUGAAGAACCUGUUUUGUAUGAAAUCCUUCUUUCAAGAAUCUUUAAAGUAA